CUGGCGAGCGCGCGUGUAAUCUCGAAAGUUUCCGAGUGUGUACACUGCAUACAGGCGCGAUCGAGAGCGCGCUAGUACAGCAAGCAGAAGCGAGGAAAGCAGAAGCUAGCGCUGUUGCUCCGUGUGUUCGAGAUUUACGACGUCGCAUAAAUAUUCUGUUUGACAACUAUUGUUUUUACACAAGCAUUGCGUGCAUAGAAGGAAGAAAGUUCAAGACAGUUUUAGUGUGAUUUUGUGUGACGAAGGCGACGGGCAUUAUUUCCGCAGCGCAGGAGCCAGUAUAGGUGAAAGUGCGAGGUAGAGAGAGAGAGAGAGAGAGAGAGAGAGAGAGAGAGAGAGAGAGACGGAGAGAAAGCAAUGAUGGAGAUUAUCGAAGAUCUUCCGAGGAUGCGUCCGCUGUCUCCGAACAGCGCUGUCAUGCCAGAGCCCAAACGGCCCAAAACCGCGUACAUCGACGAGAGUGCGCUGGAGCGAGUGCGAAGAAUAAACAGUGGGGAAAAGGCGCGGGAGAUUCGAACGCGGAUUUUGAGGUUAUUUCUGCGCUCGCGCUCUCCCGAUGUAACUGACCUAAAGGCGUCUGCACCACGACGACGGUGGGGUUGAGAAAGAAAGAGAUAGAGAGAGAGAGAGAGAGAGAGAGAGAGAGAGAGAGAGAGAGAGAGAGAGAGACGGAAGAGUAUAGUAGCUACAGUAGCCGCCGCUGCUCUUUAUUUCCGAGCCGACGGCCCGGCCGUGCUGAGCUCCGGCCAUCAGCUGAUCGCUGAUAAAGAGGUGUUUUAAUUGAAAAGUGAGUUGGGCACAAGUCAUUAUGAAGAAUAAAAAGUGAGAUUAAAAUAAAUUCUGUCAAAGUUUACUGGCGAAACAAAAGAGUGCUAGAACACUGAAAAGCUCAAACAUGUUCCACACAUUGAUUGUACUUAACAUGAGAGCAAAACCAAUGUGACAAAACAAGACUCGGUGUGACUGUGAUAAUUUUAGUUAAACUUAAAACUGUGACAGUUCUUGUAAGAGAUACAAACAUAAGUGAAUACACGAGUGUGUUAUUGAUACACAUACCCAUCAAUAGUUCCAUGCGUAGUGUACGCAUAAGUUAGUCCAUGCUAGAAAGAAUAACUGCCAAAAAUAUGCUGAACCUCAAGAAGAUCUACAGCGACGAGCUGUUGCAGCUGGCUCUGCUGCUUUCGCUGCUGCGAGUAGAUCCUGACUCUUACCUGGGAUUGGACAUGCAAACCAUUGGAGUUGGUUCGCUGGACCUGAACAAUGGCUCAGGCUGGCACACCGACUCCCACACCAUUGUCCAUAGACCAGCCUUUGUCCAUCCCAAGAACCUAGACUCGAUGCUGCUGAACUACGAGAGAGACUUGAUCGAAGACUUGAAUUCCCUAGGGAGAUAUAAUAGAAUAAACACUGCGCCCAAUGACAUCCACGCCUACUUGUUAAACGUCGACGACAGGGCUGGUCCAAGCACCCCUGUUAUCACGGAUGCCACCCCUAGUACCAGGAAUGCCAGCUCACCGGAUGCACCUGAGUCCUCGCAAACCACCGAAGACACUCUGGGAGCUGCUGAACUCACUCAGGAGGACAUGGAUCUGAUCGAGGUUCUGUGGAAGCAGGACGUGGACUUGGGCUUCACGUUGGUGGACCAAACCCCGAAGACUGAUCCAGCUACUUCGUCGAAGAAAGAGUCGGAAGAUGAAAUCGAGAAGCUCAAGACUCUGGAGGCCAUCAACGCAUCCGAUGACAAGAAGGACCCGAAGAUCAAGGAGGAGCCGGCCAAGGAAGAGGACCCGUGGGCUGGACUGCCGUACACCGUUGACUUGGAAACUGGCGAGUACAUCCUAGACGAUUCGGCGCAGCAAGCCGCGCCAUCAGCCGAAGAAGCAGCGGCUCCGCGAGAGCAGCCGAAGGAGGACGAGGAGGAGCAGCUGUUGGGCGAGGCCGGCUUGGGCCUUGGCAGCGUCGACGAGCUCGUAGGCCUUGGCGAGAACUCGCUCGGCCUCAACGGUACCUUGGGCCUCGAGAAUGACUUCACCUCGGACCUGCUGGGCGACGACUGCUUGCUAGACGGCUGCUCGGCCGUCGACGGCUUUCUCAACAACGACUCGCUCGGUCUGCCCGACGGAUUCAACCUCGAGGAGGCACUUCAGCUCGUCGGCCUCGAUGAGGUCGAACUCGAGAAGAAGCCGGAAGUAAAGAAGAAGCGCGAGGAGGAUUCCGACGGCGCGCGCAGCGAGUCGCGCACCUCGACGUCCGAGAACGACGAGGACUGUUGCUGCUGCAACGGCUGCUGCCCCGAGGGAGCCGAGGCCGACAGCAUGAUUCACACGCCGCAGUACCACCACCCUCACCAUCCCCAUCAUCGCUCGUUUCAGAGUCGAGUGCCGUUCGUGCGCUCAGUGGGCAUGGACCAGCGCUGGCCGGACAUCGCACCCUUCUUUUCGGUGUCCGGCGCCGGCAACGGCGCCGCUGCCGCUGCCGCUUCAACCGAUCACUUUGCUCACCCGGUGGGCCACCAUCAUCACCAUCACCAUCACCACCAUCAUCCUAGCUACACGAGCCACGGGCCGGCUGGUGCCACGCAUCACGGACACUACGAGGCUCAAAGAAACGUACUCUUGCACAAUGCCACACUCGCGCCGCCCGUUGGCGACCUUAACUCCACUGGAACCUAUCACAAUGCUGGUGGUCCCUCGAACCUUGGCUCAGCGGUUGCCACGUCGAUGAAUUUGACCAACAGCAGCGAGCCCAUGGGCGCCGAUUCUAGCGGGGCUUACAAACCCGAACCCAGCGAUAUGAUUUACUAUCAGAACGCUAGCGCGGAUACCAUGAACCAGACCGAUAUAUUCAAUGCUCUGCUCGAUGACCCGCUUGGUUGGAACGAGGACUUGUCCUUCAACGUAAGCGACGGGCUGUACGGCGGAGCGUCGACGGCGACCGGGGCGCAGGCGACGCUGCCGGGCGUGCAGGCGGCGAACGCGAGCUCCGGAGCGGGCGGCGGCGUGGUGCCCGGCGCCGUGACGGACGAGCGCAUGGACGCCUCGAGCGACAGCGCCGUCAGCAGCAUGGGCAGCGAGCGCGUGCCCUCGAUCAGCGACGGCGAGUGGAUGGAGACCGGCUCCAACUCGAGCCACACGCAGGCCGACUCCCACUACUCCAUGGACUACAACGGGAAGUACCGGAUGCCCUACGACGCCUGCGGCUACACGCUGCCGAGCGGCCGAGGAGGCCAGCGCAGCAGCUGCCAGGAGGCCCGGGGCGGCCUGGCCCCCGUCGCCCAGAAGAAGCACCACAUGUUCGGCAAGCGCUGCUUCCAGGAGCAGGGCCCGAUGAGCGGCGCGGCCGGGGGCGCCGGCUCGCCCCUCGCCGGCCAGACCCACCAGGCCGCGACGACGCCCGGCAAGUACGACUACGAGGCCGCCCAGAGCGUGGCCGCCGGACCACCGGGUCAGGCGUACGCCGGGCCCAUCGAGGGCGCCGCCGGACCGCAGCCCGAGAUCAAGUACAGCUGCAGCCUCGACUUUACUCGACACCAGACCGCUCGCUCGAGCCUGGAACACGUGCAGCACAACCACACCUACCACCUACCGCCGGAGAGCUCGGGAGCCCUUCAGCGUCCCGUCUCGCGGGAUAAGAAAGGCCGUAAGAGCGACGGCGAGGAGCACUUGACGCGCGACGAGAAACGCGCGCGCGCUCUGAAUGUGCCCAUUGCCGUGAACGACAUCAUCAACCUGCCCAUGGACGAGUUCAACGAGCGGCUGAGCAAGUACGACCUGAGCGAGCCCCAGCUCUCGCUGAUCCGCGACAUCAGGCGUCGCGGCAAGAACAAGGUCGCUGCUCAGAACUGCCGCAAGCGCAAGCUCGACCAGAUUAACAGCCUCAGCGACGAGGUCAAGGAGAUGCGCAACCGCAAGAUGCGCCUGCUCAGCGACCGCAACUACAUGCUCCAGGAGGUGGCCCGCGUCAAGGAGAAGUUCGGCCAGCUCUACCGCCACAUCUUCCACUCGCUCCGCGAUCCCGAGGGUCGGCCCUACAACUCGUUGGAGUACAGCCUGCAGCAGUCGGCGACGGACGGCAGCAUCCUGCUGGUGCCGCGCUCGGGCAACAACCAGUCGAACGGACACUACACGCGCUCGACGAUGGACCCGUCGAAGCCCAACAAAGCCGACAGCCACCACCAGCCUCGCCAAGAUCACGAGUGAGCGAACGAAGCUGUCGUUGACGACGUUGUUGCUGCUGCUGCUGCUGCUGCUGCUGCUGCUGCUGCUGUUGUUGUUGUUGUGUUUGAAGCGUUUGCGAGCCCAUCAGAUAGAGAUGAAAAUCCGUGUAAAGGCGCUCGUCCCGGCACGGAGAGGUGCCAUCCGAACAAGGACGUGUCCGUCUCUAGACUGCCGAUACGACGCUCAUGAUUCCGCGACGACAUGCUCGCGGCUCUCGGUGCUCACGCGCACCGUAUCGGAGACAAAAAUCGGUUGAUGAAACAACGAAUAUUUCCUUCGACGAGCGCAGGAUCUCAGUGAUUUAUAAAUAUAUACAUACAUAUAUGUAUCCAAAACGUGUGAAUGUUAAUGUAUAAUACGGUCGGACCGUACUGUGCUGUUAGUUUUGGCGCUCCCGAAUUCGCUCGAUGCGCAUCGCAGAAAGAAGAGGGGACGCGGAUAUAAAUUUUCAUUAUUUCUGAAAAAAAA